UAUAGCUAACCAGCAGCAAAAUAUUCUACAAUAGUACAAUUCCAACUGCCAUUUUCAUUCAGUUGACAAGGAAGGCAGGAUUUAACAUGAAAAGGCAUAUUUGGGGAAGAAAUCAGUAAGGCUGCACAUUUUGAAUUAAUCGGUUUUCUGAAACGUUUUCAUAUAACUGUUACGAAGGACUUGCACUAUAGUUACAAAAUAGGGUGCGCUGAUUUAUUUAAUAAUAUUAUUUUGUACGGAUUUCUCCAGAGAUUGAUUAUAGGAAUGAGUAUAGAAAUCCCUGCAGGGCUGACGGAGCUGUUGCAGAGCUUUACCGUGGAGGUGUUGAGGAACCAGCCGGGAGAUCUGGUGGAGUUUGCCCUGCAGUAUUUCACCAAGCUGAAGGAAAGUCAGAGCAAAGAGGCAGCUGUUGGCCAUGAGCAAAACUCGGCGUUUAGACCUGGCAAGGGAGUCAACUUUGUCGAGGAGCCCAUGCAAACCGAUUCGGAAAACGGAGAGGAUGAGGAAGAUGAGGAAUUCAUAGCCCCGGUUAUCAACAGAUUUACAAGAAGAGCAUCAGUUUGUGCUGAAGCCAUCAAUCCUGAUGAUGAUGAUGAAGAUGCAGAACCCAAGAUUAUUUAUCCCAAAGCAGAUGAACAAAGAAUUAGACUGCAGGAAACAUGCAAAGAUAUUCUUCUGUUCAAAAACUUAGACCCGGAACAGAUGUCUCAGGUAUUGGAUGCCAUGUUUGAGAGGCUAGUCAGUCCUGGUGAACACGUAAUUGAUCAAGAUGAUGACGGAGAUAAUUUCUAUGUUAUUGAAAGAGGAACAUAUGACAUCAGUGUAAAAGUAGAUGGCAUUGAUUGCUGUAUUGGUACCUACAAUAACCGUGGAAGUUUUGGGGAGCUGGCCUUAAUGUACAAUACUCCAAGAGCAGCCACAAUCAUUGCUACCUCACCUGGUGCUUUAUGGGGUUUGGACAGACUAACAUUCCGGAGAAUCAUUGUGAAAAACAAUGCCAAAAAGAAGAGAAUGUAUGAAAUAUUCAUUGAGACACUGCCGUUGCUUAAAUCACUAAAACCAUCUGAAAGAAUGAAAGUGGUUGAUGUAAUAGGAUCCAAAAUGUACAAGGAUGGAGAACGCAUUAUUGCUCAGGGAGAUUCAGCUGAUUCUUUUUAUAUUGUGGAAUCUGGAGAAGUAAAAAUAACAAUGAAAAGAAGCAAGAGUCAACUUAAUGCGGAAGAAAAUGGUGCAGUAGAGAUCGCACGGUGUACAAGAGGACAGUACUUUGGAGAGCUAGCUCUGGUAACAAACAAACCGCGAGCUGCUUCAGCAUAUGCUGUCGGAAAUGUCAAAUGUUUAGUUAUGGAUGUGCAAGCUUUUGAACGAUUGUUGGGCCCAUGUAUGGACAUCAUGAAAAGAAACAUCGUAAACUACGAGGAGCAGCUUGUUGAACUAUUUGGAACAAACAUGGACAUAUCUGAUCCCACUGCAUGAGGAGACAACAAAAAGUACAAACAUGCGUCUUGUUGGAAGGAAAAAAAGAGUUAGUCCAAGGAAACUGUCAUCUUUCUGUAGAUGUAAAGCAUUUCUGUAACUUACAUUUUUUAUUAUUUUGCUUUUUGAGAAAUGUGAAAUGGUAAACAACCAAUAGCAAUGUAGAAGUUAUUUAGGGAAAAUAAGUAUUCAUACACUUCCAGGAUUCAUGGGGGAAUGCCUCAUAAAUGAACAGCCCCCACCCCCUCCCCAACCCCCUUUCUGGGGUUUAGAACUAUUUCCCUUUCCCCUAUAUUACCAGAACUCAAGAAUUAGUUCUUCAGAUUCUUUUUUUCCUGUUUGGCAGGCUAAACCUUUGUUUUUUACAAUUUUUUUUUUUUUUUUUUUUCUGUACAAAAGUUUAAAACUUUUUUAGAUUUUUUACAAUUUUUUUUAUUCCUUUGACCCCGACCUAAUUUAAUUAUAAUUGCACUGUAAAUUGUCUUAGUUUUACAAUUUGUUUUGGGGAAAUUAAGAAGUGUUCAUUCGAGAGAAAAAAAGCCUUUAGUUGCAGUUAAUAUGUUCAUCAACAUGCAGACAUUAGUAUAUUAUAUAGGUUACUCAUACUUGUUGAUCAAUUUAUUAAAGUCACAGUGAAAUAGAAAUUCUAAUGCUCAUUUUCCAUGGAAGUUGAUUGUCAUUUACUUUGUACAUUUGUUUCCCCAAAACAUUCACAUAUUUGAAAGCAAUAUAUAAAACAUAACAUUUGCAUUGUUCUUAAAUGGAUUGUUCAGAUUAUACACUUUUUUUCUCAUCACUAAUAUCAAACAUUCUGUGUUUCUAUAACAGUUAUUUGGUAGAUGUUGUUAAGUUUAACAUUUGUUAAUUUACACUACAUACAAUCUUAAGUGGAAUAUGCUUUUCUUGUCUUUACCCAAUACAAAAUGCAUGUUUUGUUGCACUCCUAAUUAUACAAAUUAGUAAAUUCUGCCCUAGUUUCAGUAAGUGACACCUAAGUAAAAUGUAUUCUGUCUUUGGAGUUUUCCCCAUGAAAAUAUUGAACCAAUUAGGUUUUUAUUAGCAUGCAUUUUAUUGUUAUUCUACUGACAGACACUGUUAAGUGCACUUUUUCUGUCAGUUCCAAAAGCAUUGUUUCAGAAACAAAUGUUUAUAAAAAAUAAUCUCUAGGUUGCAGCACCAACAAUUUUACUAUCUUCACUAUAAUAUAUAUUUUUAGAGCAACAAGGAUGGGCCCAAUAUUAUUGAAAAUAUUUUCAAAUAUAAGUUGAAAGAAAGGUACACUAUUUUAAAUGUAUUAAAGUUUAUGUAAGUUUUUGUUGUAAUGUGCUUUUUUCAUUUGUGUGCAGGAAUUAAGAAUUACUGCUGUAUAGUGAUUGAUAUGUGAAAUGGUAGCCAUAUCAGUCCAGAGAUGAGAAGGAGAGGGUACUUUUAUUGGAUUAACUAAAUAAUUAAGCAUAAGCUUUCAAAAUAUCUCUUCUUCAGGUGAAAGUGAGAAUUAUAUGCCACUAGUUUAGUAAUAGUGACUCAUUUAUUUGAAGUAUAACAUGGAAGAAAAAAAAAAAAGUCUAAAGGAGUUUAAGCUUUUUUAAUUCCUGAAAGAUGAACUGCUUAUUUCCCCAAACCUUGUUAAAAGCUUAAAAAAAAAAGUUAAUUUUGCCUAAUAUACAUUGGGAACCAGUUAAAAGUAAUUGCAGCUAACAAAAUAGUUCCAUACCAUUUAGCUGCCAUACAUACACAUCUAUUAACUUUAUAGCUCUCAGGUGUGCAGGUUUGAAAGAAGCACAUUAUAGCAAACAUGUAUUUUUAUUUCAAAGCAUGAUAUGUGGUACUACACUAAGCCAUGCGUUUUUACUGUCUUCUGCUUCAUACGUUAUUUCACCUGGAGAGUGAAAUUCACAAGCUUAUUUCAGUCAGUUGCUUCCAUAAUUGACUGAGAUGCUUUCAGCCAGUAACAUGCUUUGACCCAGAAGACACUUCUGAGGUGAAGUGACCCAGGAAGUGCAAACAAAUAAUCCAAGAAUAAAGCAUGGUAACAGACACCUUCCUUUAACCUAAAGUAGUACCAGAUAUCGUGUUUUAAAAUUAAAAUACGCGUGAUAUAACGUGUUUCUUUUAAAAAUAUUUGAGAUUUUUGUACUGUAGCUAAUGAAGUGCAAAAUGGCUAAGAUUUAUGGAAUUGUUUUGUGAGCUGCAAUUACGUUAAUAGGCCUAUAUUCUGUUAAACACCCCAUUUUUUUGUCAGUUUUGCGAUAAUGAUUUAACCCAAUUCAGUAUUCUUGUUUAACGUUACAUUAUUACUACACAACUUUAAAAUUGAAUAAUAACGAGGGGCAUCUCUUACAGAGCGCUCAUCAUUAAACAAGGAAAUAAUUGGCAGGCAGACAAAAAAAAUGUGUGUGUGUAUUUAUAUAUAUAUAU